AUGUAUUUCUCCAACGUUAUCAUCGGCCUCCUUACGGCCCAGGCCCUGUCCAAGGGUGCUCAGCCAGGAGUUGCUGUCAGCAAAUAUGCAACUUUGAUGGCUGCUGCAGCCCUGCCCGCCAGUGGUCUCCCACUCUUUGGCAGUCUCGAAGUUCGAGAGCCUCAUCAUCAGGGCAACCAAGGGAAUCAAGGCAACCAGGGCCAAGGUGGCCAGAAUGCCAACGCCAACGCCAACGCCAAUGCUGAUGCGGCUGCCGGAUGCAACAGCAAGAGAGACGAAGACCUUGUCCGUCGACAUCACCAGGGAAACCAAGGCAAUUCGAACGGUGCCAACGGCCAAGCUGCUGCUGGCGCUGGAAAUGACAAUGCCUGUGGCAACGACAAUGCAGCUGGUAACGCCAACGGGAAUGCUGCUGCAGGUGCUGACAAUGCCGCAGCCGGAGGCAACAAUGGCAACGCUGCUGGCAAUGCUAACAGUAACGCCAACGGUAAUGCUAAUGGCAAUGCUGCUGAUGAUGCUACUGGAAACACUGCUGGUGGCAAUGCUGGUAACGCUGGUAACGCUGGCAAUGCCUGUAAUAACAAGAGAGGCAUUAUGGGGCUUUUUACUAGACACCAUCAAGGUGGCCAGGGCAACGCUGCCGGCUGUAACUGA